CACAAAAACCAGUCAAAAGAAAGCUUUAAAGCUGCAUACUCCUUAUGUAUCAUUGUUUUUAGUUCAUUGAAAGAUCUGCCAUUUAUAAGGGUUUCUUCUCCACUUACUUUACUCUCUGACCAAAGAGGAGGUCUGAAGCAAUAACUCAGGGGAAUCAAAUCCACCCCCCCCCCCCCCAUUUAUUUAUUUACUUCUUUGUUUUUUCCAUGGAGGAAACAGAGCUUUUUCUCCUCCUUUUCUCUGCAAUCUCAGUGGCUAUUCUAAUGUGGAGAGCCAUGAAAAGAGAGAGAAAGUUUCAGAAGGUUCCUCCAGGUAGAAUGGGAUGGCCUUUUGUGGGAGAAACCCUGGCCUAUCUCAAGCCCCACCCUUCAACUUCAAUGGGAGAAUUCAUGGAGCAACAUAUAUCCAGGUAUGGAAAAAUAUUUGUGUCCAAUUUAUUUGGAGAACCCACCAUUGUUUCAGCUGACCUUGGGCUCAAUAAGUUUAUAUUGCAAAAUGAGGGUAAGCUCUUUGAGAGCAGCUAUCCAAAGAGCAUAGAGGGCAUUUUAGGGAAAUGGUCUAUGCUUGUUUUGGUGGGAGAUAUGCAUAGGAACAUGAGAAUACUCUCUCUAAACUUCAUGAGCAACACUAAGCUGAGGGUGCAUUUGUUGCAUGAGAUUGAGAAGCACACUUUGCUGGUUCUUGGUGCUUGGAGAGAGAAACAGGUCUUCUCAGCUAAAGAAGAGGCCAAGAAGUUUACAUUUAAUUUGAUGGCUGAAAACAUAGUGAGCAUGAAACCUGGUAAGCCAGAAACUGAAAGCCUCAAGAGAGAGUACAUUACUUUCAUGAAAGGAGUUAUAUCAGCACCUAUCAAUUUGCCUGGAACAUCUUAUAGAAGAGCCUUACAGUCUAGAAAGACCAUUCUUGGAGUCCUUGAGAUGAAGAUGGAAGAGAAGAAAAUGAGAACAAAUGGAAGAGAACCAGAAAUAGAGGAAGAAGAAGACUUUCUUGGAUGGGUCAUGAAGCAAUCUGAUCUCUCAAGUGAACAAAUUCUUGAUUUAAUACUAAGCCUCUUAUUUGCUGGCCAUGAAACCUCUACAGUGGCCAUAACCAUGGCCAUGUACUUCUUAGAUGGAUGCCCUAGAGCAAUUGAGCAAUUACAGGAGGAGCAUAUGGGAAUAGCUAGAGAGAAGAGAGAGAAAGGAGAAUCCAGUGGCCUUAAUUGGGAAGACUACAAGAGGAUGGAGUUUACACAUAGUGUUAUCAAUGAAACUCUUCGACUUGGAAACGUUGUUCAGUUUGUUCAUCGCAAGGCGCUUUGCAACGUUCAAUUCAAAGGGUACGACAUACCAAGAGGGUGGAAAGUUCUUCCUGUCUUUGCAGCAGUGCAUUUGGACCCUCUCAACCACCACAAACCCCAUCAUUUUAAUCCUUGGAGAUGGCAGGAUAGCAACAACAGUAGUAACUUCAUGCCAUUUGGUGGUGGUCCGAGGCUCUGUGCUGGUGCAGAUUUAGCCAAGCUUGAAAUGGCCAUUUUUAUUCAUCACCUCGUCCUCAAUUUUACAUGGGAAGUGACAGAACCAGAUAUCCCAACGGCCUUCCCAUUCAUUGAUUUCCCCAAGGGCCUCCCCAUCACCGUCCAUCGUCUCUCAUCAAACACGACCAGCACCAUCUUAGAGAGAGAAACUACAGCCACAGGAUCUUAGAGAGAGAAAGUUCAGCCACAGGAUCUUAGAGAGAGAAAAUCGACACACAAGAUUUCAGAAGCCUUGUAGAUGAAUGCUCCAAAAGCUUGCUUUUUCCCCGGCAAGUUCAAGCCACUUAUGCUAUUGAUAAAAGUAGGAUAAGCUUUGGAUUUUUCAGGGCCGUUUUAUUGGAUUUUGGCCGUGUUCUUGUUUUGUAUCAUUGUUGAGCCUUGCAUGGUUUUUGGCUUUUGACGAAUCGACAAAGCCUUGUGUACAGUUUGAUAGAGAGAGAAACAAAUAAUCAUAAAUACAUGCACAUCUCUUUCUCUCUCUAGGACCAUUUAGAAACAAAAAGCAUAUCAUAAAGAUAGGCUUCAUAUGUAAAUAUUUCUCUUUCUACCCAUUUUAUGUGUAAUUAUUUCUCUCUCUCUCCUCUCUCUACCCAUUUUAUGUGUAAGAAUUUGUAUAUUAUUAAUUUCUCUCUCUCUCUCCUCUCUCUACCCAUUUUAUGUGUAAGAAUUUGUAUAUUAUUAUACUUAGGGAUGAGGCUGUAUUCAUUUAA